AUGUUCCCCGUUUUCCGUGCCGCCCGCUGCCCCCUGCCGCUGCCGUACUUCUUCUCCUCCACCGCCGCCGGCCGGACGACGGCCACCAGCCAGUCCAUCAAAGCCCCGCCGACCCCUCAGAAGCCCAUGGAGACCAUGAAGCCGGAGGAGGAGGAGGAGAAGACCAGGUAGGUAGCUGCAGACCCACUUCGAUACUCAGAGCUACUAGCUAACCUCCCUCGUCUGAUUGACAGCGACGCCAUGUCCGAGUCCUUCGGCGUCGCCUACUCCACUCGCUCCGACGAGGAAGGCUUCGGUGGAACCUUCUCCCACCGCCAGUCCCUCCCUCCCCCCCCCCAAGACACCGCGGCCGACGCCGGUCAAGCCCUUCUCUCUCUGUCUCUCUCUGUCUCUCUCCCUCCCUUCCUCCCUCCCUCCCUCUCUCUCUCUCUCUCUCUCUCUCAUCGUCGAUGGUGGGUGGGCAGGCCGCGAGGAGUUGCAGGCGAGGGAGGCGGAGGAAGGGCGGAAGGAAGAGGAGAAAGCGGCGCCGGCGCCCGCCUGA